CAUGAAAAAAAGCGAACUGUAGUACACUUCUGACCAGUUUUCUCCGAGCACACUGAAACAGCGUUUUCUCUUGUAAAUCUCACCGAGCGGGCAGAGAACGCGUCUUACUUUUAGCCGUCUUAUAAACUAUCCGUGCUCAUACAUUUAUCGAUGGGUCUGCCGACGUUGGAGUUUAGCGACUCUUUCCUGGACAGUCCAGAGUUCAGAGACCGGCUGCAGUGUCAUGAGAUAGAGCUGGAGCGCACCAACAGGUUUAUAAAAGACCUGAUCAAAGAUGGAAACAUGCUCGUAUCUGCACUCAAAAGUCUUUCUCUCGCUGUUCAACGGUUCUCUCAGUCUCUACAGGAGUUCCAGCUUGAAUGUAUUGGAGAUGCUGAGACUGACGAUGAGAUCAAUAUAGCUCAGUCCUUGAAGGAGUUCUCUCAGCUCUUGAACACCAUGGAAGAGGAGAGAAAACGGCUGAUCCAGAACGCUGAUGAUGUGUUGAUCUCACCGCUUGAAAGGUUUCGUAAGGAGCAGAUUGGAGCUGUUAAGGAGGGAAAGAAGCAGUUUGACAAGGAGACAGAAAGGUACUACUCUGUUCUGGAGAAACACCUCAGCCUUUCCUCCAAAAAGAAGGAGUCACAGCUACACGAGGCUGAUUCACAUAUAAGUAAGGACAGGCAGGUUUUUUAUGAUGCAUCGCUGCAGUAUGUCUUCAAGAUCCAAGAAGUGCAGGAGAGAAAGAAGUUUGAAUUUGUGGAGCCGUUAUUAGCCUUCCUGCAGGGUUUGUUUACAUUCUACCAUGAAGGAUACGAGCUGGCCAGUGAGUUUGAACCCUACAAGCAGCAGCUUCAGUUCAACCUACAGAAUGCUCGAAAUAACUUUGAAAGUACGCGUGCUGAGGUUGAGAGGCUGAUGAAGAGGAUCCGGUCUGCAGAAGAAGACUUCAAAGCCCCCAGUUGCUUUACCAUGGAAGGAUAUCUGUACAUACAGGAGAAACGUCCGUUGGGCAGUGUGUGGACCAGAUACUACUGUACUUAUGAAAAAAGCUCCAAGAUGUUCACCAUGAGCAACACAGAGGUCAGACCAGCCAGCAGACAGCAGAACGGCGUGGUGAAUGGCUCGCCGGAGAUGUUCAAGCUGCGCUCGUGUGUCAGAAGGAAGAGGGAUUCAAUCGACAAGCGCUUCUGCUUCGACAUAGAGGUGGUGGAGAGACAUGGCGUCAUCACCCUGCAGGCGCUCUCCGAGGCCAACAGGCGGCUGUGGAUGGAGGCAAUGGAUGGAAAAGAGCCUAUUUACACUCUGCCGUCUUUGCUCAGUAAAAAGGAGGAGACUUUUCUUAAUGUGGCGGGACUCAACUUUGUGAAGAAGUGUAUUGAGCUGAUUGAAUCAAGAGGGAUUACCACCCUGGGUUUGUACAGGACUGGGGGAGUCAACUCCAAAGUGCAGCGGUUGAUGACAAGUGUGUUUGCAUCCACAGCUCCCUCUGACAUGCAGCUGGACACAGAUGCAUGGGACACCAAGACCAUCACGAGCGGCCUAAAGAAUUAUUUCAGGUGUCUGGCAGAACCACUACUGACCUACAGACUGCAUAAAGAAUUUAUCAAGGCUGCAAAGUAUGAUGACCAGAUGUAUAGAGUGAGAGCGAUCCAUGCUCUUGUGCACAAGCUACCAGAAAAAAACAGAACAAUGUUGGACCUCUUAACCAACCACCUCCUCAAGGUGUCCUCUCACAGUGACCAGAACCUGAUGACUGUGUCCAACCUGGGAAUGAUCUUCGGCCCCACAUUGAUGAGGUCACAGGAAGAGACAGUGGCCGCCAUGAUGAAUAUCAAGUUUCAGAACAUUGUAGUGGAGAUUAUCAUUGAAAACCACAACAAGAUUUUUGGUGAGGCCCCGGACCUUUCAGUGCCGUCGCCUCAGUCCUCUCGGGCGACUCCUCGUAGAAGCAAGGCCAUCUGUCUGUCAUCUGGAAAGAGGAAGGCCCGUCUCUACCCUCCUGCUCUCUGCCUGGCAGACAAUGACAGCGACACAUUCAGUAGCAGCCCCAGCACAACUCCGAUGGGCAGCCAGGAGUCUCUGUCCUCACACUCCUCUGAAAAGAACGGAUUGUCUCCGACCUCUCCUCCUUCCUCUCCUGCCGCCGAACAAAUCUCGUCCUCCCCAGCACAGCUGUCUCCUCCUGCAGCCUCCUCCUGCUCCCCGUCCCACGACUCCUCAAACGGGAAGCAUCAGAAACACUCGACAGACAGCGGCGCCUCCCCUCACCUCACGCCUUCCUCUUCCUGGACUUCCUCCCAGCCCACUCCGGCCCAUCAGACUUCCUCCGUGUCUUCCUCCACAUCCUCUUUACUCUCUACAGAGAGGGCUCUCUCCGGCAAAGGAAACUCGACUGCCUCCUUGUCAUCUGUUAAAGAGUCAAGAUCUCCCUCCAUAGCCUCCUUGUCCACCGCCUCCAUCCAGCACUGUUCAGAGGAGUGCGCCACCUCUCUGAGGGAGGGUCAUCCUGUUCAGAGAGUGUCGUCUGUCUCCUCUCUGAAGAGCACUCAUUCAGUGGAUCCAAAAAAUGCCCCCUCCACUGUCACAGAAACCAGGGUGACGGACUCUACCUCUCCUUCUCUGCAGAACAGACGAACUCACAGGAUUGCCUCCUCCUCCUCUUCCUCCUCCUCUUCAUUAUUUCCCUACCAGCUUUCCACAUCCUCCUCUCUCACCUCCUUACACAUCUCUGAGGAUUACAAAAGCUGUCAUGGAUCAGUACACAGUCUCAUGUCGCUGGACCCACAAGAGGCAACACGCAUACGUAAACCUUCACACAUCCGCUGUGGCUCUGAUCUGACCGCAAAACACUCUGCAGCCACCACAUCCAGCAACGGUUACCAGAAGCCUGGAUCACUAUUAUCAGUCACACCACCACAGCGUGAGAGCUCAGUAUUCUCCUCAGCAUUAGACAUAUCAGGAAGGGAAGCAAAAGCUCUGUACUCCUGUGAGGCAGAGCACAGCCAUGAGCUCAGUUUUCCACAGGGGGCGCUGUUCUCAAAUGUGUACCCGUCUGUGGAACCAGGCUGGCUUCAGGCUACGUACAACGGCAAAACAGGCCUCAUACCUGAAAACUACAUCACCUACAUGUGACGUCUUAACACAACGAUCUAACUUCAGGGAUCUACAGUGCAUAGAGAAAUGCUGCGUUCUAGACUGCUCACAACUCAGAAAUGUCCGACUUCCGACCUCAAAGCGUUGCAGGUGCAUGCUGGUGCAUGACACCAAAAGUGAGCGAAAAACAUGGCUUUGUACACACAAUUGAACCCUCAGCAGUGCCUUUGGUGUUAAUUAUAAGGAUGGCUGUUCUAAUGAAAACAAGCGAUAUAUGUUAACCAUUUACAAUGUGUGCUUCCAUGGGAGCUGCAUGUGACGUCAUUCAGCUGCUUCUCGUGAAGUCAGGGUACAUAUUUUUUCUCAGAGUUAACAAGUAGGAACUCCGACUUCAAGUGGCAUUCCAUGGUACUUUUUCUAGUUGGAAGUCGGAAAUUUCCGAGUUCCCAGCAGUCUGGAACGCAGCAUGAUACUCUGUGCUGCUGAUCAAAGAUAUAAUAUAUUUAUCAUGUAACUGUGACUGUUAUCACUGAACUACUGGGGCAGGAUAAAAUGCUGUGUAUAUAUAUGUAAUACUGAAUGUAUAUCUGAGUACUAUAUGUGGACUAUGUUAUUUGUUAUUAACCAGUUUAUAAGUAAAGGUAAAAUCUGACUUUUUCUCCAUUCAAACACCAGCUCCUCUUUUAUGUUUGUGUUCAGCUGUCUUCCUGCAAUUCUCAGAAUGCUAUAAAUACAUGAUAUGUGUCAACAAGGUACAUGGAAAUAAUCUUGGUAAUUUAUAUGUUUGUACAUAAUCAUAUUAAUGUUAUAGCUGUGUGUCCAGACUGGAGAUGAAGUGUUCACACCUCUGAGCCUGAAACAGUAUAAACUGGUGAUCCAAGGCUGAAUCCUGCCUUGACACCUUCCUUCUACUGUCACUUUUCAUGCUGUCUAAAUAAAUACUUGUACCAGUUUGUAUAUGUAGAUUCAGUUUGUGUUUGUAAUUAUUCUGUUUUUCUUGAGGAAAAUGCAUAAUAAACAGUUUUCACUAGA